UUUUCUUAUGUUAAUCACAUUUUCCCGAAAGUGUCACACUUUACCGCGAAAGAGAUGGACGCUUCCGCGGUCUACCCGGACAGAACCAGCACCACCAGGUCGGAAGGCGCUCACAGGAAAGUCUCCAAGGAUGUGCAGAUGGAUAUUGAACAUCUCUCCAAAGCUGUUCCUCAGCUGGCCAAGGUUUUCAACAUCUUAGACAAGAUUGGAGAAGGUACGUUCAGCUCUGUGUACCUGGGCGAGGCGCUGAUGCGGGACGGGAGGAAGGAGCUGUUUGCGCUGAAACAUCUCAUCCCAACGAGCCACCCCACGCGCAUCGCUGCUGAGCUGCAGUGUCUGACGGUGGCAGGAGGCAGGGAGAAUGUGAUGGGAGUGACGUACUGCUUCAGAAAAGACGACCAUGUGGUGAUCGUGAUGCCCUACAUGGAGCAUCAGGCUCUCGUGGAAGUCAUCGGGUCCCUUAGCUUUGCAGAGGUCCGCCUGUACAUCUAUCACCUGCUGAAGGCGCUCCGACACAUCCAUCAGUUUGGCAUCAUUCAUCGGGACAUUAAGCCCAACAACUUCCUGUACAACAGGAGGAGCAGAGUGUACGCGCUGGUGGACUUCGGCCUAGCUCAGGGCACAGCGGACACCCAGAUAGAGCUACUGAAGGUGGUGAGGCCGAGGGUUCUGCAGAAAGGUGGAGGGUCGGCCUCACAGAGGAGCAGAGCACCUCCUAAAUCCUUUCCCAAAAGCACCUCCACUUCACUCCCGGUGGCUCCACAGCAGACGGCAGCUUUGCCACCGUCCUCUUCCUCUGUGUCGUCUUCGGCCUCACAGAGACCCCCGGUGAAAAAAGCUCGCCUGCCCACCUCCUCUCUUCACACGGCACGGUCAAAGGAUCUGGGGGGGCUACGUAAAACUCCACGGCCCGUGUUUGGAGAGAGGAACCUGAACAGCUGCACGCCCACCCCCUCCGCCACGACGCCGGAUGCCGGUAAAGCAGAGGAAGCGCUCAGCUGGAGGUGCUCGAUGAGCAGAGCGUCAGGCAGAGCUCUGAGUGGCAGUCAGAAACCUGCGAAGGCCGUGCAGCCGGGCCUCACCUGCGACUGCUUCCUGACUGACCGCGUCUGCAACGUCUGCAUGUCCAGGAAGCAGCAGGUGGCGCCCCGGGCUGGAACUCCUGGCUUCAGAGCGCCAGAAGUCCUCACGAAGUGUCCCGACCAAGGCACAGCCAUAGACGUGUGGUCGGCCGGCGUCAUCCUGCUCUCGCUCCUCAGCGGCCGCUACCCGUUUUUUAAGGCCGGCGAUGACCUGACGGCGCUCGCUCAGAUCAUAACAGUACGAGGCUCCAGGGAGACUAUCCGCGCAGCCAAGACCUUCGGUAAAGCGGUGGUGUGCAGCCAGGCGCUGCCCCCUCAGGACCUCAGGACUCUGUGUGAGACUCUGCGAGGACGCAGGAGGGCCUCCCCUGGUGAAGACGUCCCGUCGGCUUUGGCUUGUCGGAACAGAAGCCCAGAUGGAGGAUCGAUAUGUGAACCCGCUGACUCAGCAGAACUGACUCUGCAGAACCAGGAAAGUUUUAGCAACUGUGAGCGCACAGUAUGCCUCAUGAAACCAGCGCUGGAGGCUGAAGAGGAGGAGCAGGGCUGGGACAGAGUCCCUGAUGAAGCCUAUCACCUGCUGGACCGGCUACUGGACCUAAAUCCAAACAGCAGGAUCUCGGCGGCAGAAGCUCUGCAGCAUCCUCUUUUCAAGGACCUGUGAGUCUGAGCACCUGAACGCAUCACAGUGAACUCAUCUGAUCUGAAAACCAACCAGAAUUCACCUGCUUAGAGUUCAAAACCCUGUGAAGAUGUGUUGUUGCCAUGGCGUCCACCGUUCACUCUGCCACAGCUUCAUAUUCACAGACUUAUAACAGCACAUUUUUAUGUCAACAUCUAAUAAAUUGUUUUUUUUUAACAAAAAGAAGAAAAUAAUUCAGGAACAUUUAGAGAUGAACACAACAAAAACAAGAUAACUGCUCUUAUGUUUAGUUCAUAUGUUUAUUCUAAUGCAGGUCUGGGCAAACUGUUUGACUUGUGGGCUAAAAGGGGCUCUAGAAUCCGCCCAAAGGGCCGGACCAGGACCAGUGUUUCCCCAUGAGAGAAAAAAAUAACAUUAAAUCUGGAUGAAACAAAUAUGAAACAUGGGGUUUUAUUUCAAAACUGACUUUAGUUCUCAUUUUAGCGCCAGUUGCACCAAUGGUUUAAUGUUUUUCUGGGAAACCGUAAACGUGGAGAAAAGCUGCGUUCAUGUGUUGUUGGAAUGAUCGGAAAAAUGACUGUUUGACUCGCAAAACACAAAUGUAAACGAAAAAAAAAGACAAUUCUUCCAACACCACAGAAAUACAGAAUAACUUUCUGAACCUAAACAAAGUUAAUGUAUUUAUAGUGCGCCAUACUGGGAAACACCACAAUAAAGCAAAUAAGGAUUA